AUGGCUUAUUCAGGUUAUUCAACAGAUAAUUCUGAUUCAGAUCAAACGAAUUCAUAUCCACUUAAAGAAAAAUCAAAAUUGAAAAAACGUAUUCGACGAAAUCAUCAUCGUAAACGUUUUGGACGAAUGGCUAAAUCAUGGAAAUUUAUAAAAUUGAGAAAAUUAUGGGAAAGAGAUAUGGCUAAACAAAGAAGUAUAUCAGCACCUUUUGUUCCAAUUAAAGCCAAUAAUAAAUGUGAAUCUAUGACAGCCAGUUUACUUUUCAUGUUUGCUAUAACACAGUGUAUAUUUGGAUUUGUAUUACCGAUAUGUGAUUCAUUUGGUAUGAAAGGAUCUAAACUUUACUAUGAAGCAGAUCAUAAGUAUUAUUUGGAAAUAUUUCUAAUUUCUCAGUAUUGUGGAGCAUUACUUGUAUUAGCUUAUUUACAAUAUUUAAUUUAUAGUGGAACUAAAAAACAGUUAAAACAAGCCCUUAUUCAUGAAAUUUAUAAAUCUAAAACUGGUCGUCAAUUAGUUGAUGAUAAACAUAUGAUAAUUAAUGAACAUCAUGAAUUAAGUGAACCAAAUAUAUUGAUAAAAUCAGAUUAUACAAAUAAUUCCUCACCAGUUAGUCCAAUUGAUAAACCAUCUGAUAUUGAAUCAACAACAAGUGAACGACAACUAACACGAUUAAUUCGCCUUUACAAUGAUAAUAAUAAUAAUAAUCAAGAGAAACCUUAUAUAUCAAUACAUCCGGAAGGAAUGAAUUUAUAUAUGCGACUUGGAGCAGUUGGUAAGCGUAAUAAUAAUUAUAGAAUUUGUUGUCGAUUCUCCUUAAAAUUUGUAAACAUCAACAUUGAUUCAGUUAAAUAUUCAGGAUAUCUAUUUGUUUGAUCAUACAAUUUGGUAAGGUUUUGUUUUCGAAUUUUGUUAAAUCAGCUUGCAUUGAUUUCAAUAUAUGCAAAUGAUAACAAUAAGAAACUGUUAGGGUAUGUGAAUGAAAUGUCUGAAUGUUGAUUAUCUAGAUUUAUUAACCAAACCAUGAUGUAGUAUUAGAACAUGAAGUCAUUGACCAAUUAAUACAGCUAAGUAAGUGGGUACAGAUUAUCUUGUAAUGGUAAUGGUUAAUCAAUGGUUGUUAACAUAAGAUGACUUGACUCGGAAUCAGUUGCAAUGGUCCAUAUGCAUCCAAUCUUUGAAAACUAUCUUACACUUUUUAUACAGCUAACUCAUUCUUUCGUCUAGAAACAUACUAUCAUCCGGAAACCGAACUCAGAACCUACGUUCAUAUGUGAACAUAAAAAUAUUCAACUUCCAGGCCACUGAACCGGCUUUCAACGGUGUUAAUGUCUAACUUUAAUCAAUUCACUGUAUUGCAUAACUCUCAUACAUUGCCUGAGGUGGAUAAAUACCUCAAACACACUGAACUUAGUGAUCUAGAGGUUAAGAAUUUGCUCGCAAAACCGAAAGUCCUGAAUUCUGCUCCCGGAUAUGAGGUGGUGGAUGUGAACUGCUGAGAAAUUCCAUAGUAAGAUAAAACGUCCGUUCAAUGCUUCCGGGUUUCCAAUAGAUCCCCUAUACUAGCAUUCACUAAUUUUUCUAAUGGAAUCACAAUAAAAACCAGAAAUUAUACUUUGUAUCUGAUUUUUUCUUUAGAAUUUGGGAGAAUUGACCUGAAUUCUAAUUAAAAUGACAUAUUUGAUAUUUACUUUCAACUCCAUAAAUUUAUAUAAACGUAUACAAAUGUGGUUUAGUUAAAUAAAUGAAAUUUGUUUAUCUGUUCAAUAUGAGGUUACUUGGUAACUAUGUUUUGGAAGUAUCUUGGCCUCCAAGCAAAUGCAAUGUGAUGCGUGCUACUUAUACUGAUAUAAGUAGUAUAUGACGCGAGUCAGGAAUGUAAUGUCUGGCAGCAGAAGAUGGGGAAGAUCAAGAAAGGAAGAGUGGGAAUAGAAAGCAAUUAGUAUGGAAAUGCAAGAACAACGAAGUUCGAGACAAUCAUUGAACAUUUUGUAAAUUAAGUAUUAUAGUAUGGUUUUUCUACUUUACCAGGUAACUCUGUGAUUUUGUGCUAAAGAUAACUCGGUUGUCCUCACCUGUGUUCUCCUUCACUACAGCAAGAAUAUUGGGGAGUAUUUACUACUUCAAACACGAAACUUUAUUACAACUAUGGAUUACCUAAAUGUUUAGUUAUUCAUAACAUUUUACGAAAUAUCAAUAAUAAUUAAAAGAAAUCAUUCUAGAAAUUUAAUGCUUUCCAUUGGAAUCUACAAAUCAAUAUAUCAAUUAUUCAAUAAUAUCAUCAUUAGUAUGGGUUUCUGGUGACUGUUAAGCUUUUGAUUGAAAUCAUGAACCGAUAAAUGUUAGACUAUCAUUGAAAACCUUGAAGCAUUUAACGGCCGUUUCACCCUAUAAUGGGGCUUCUUAGCAGUGCUCACUCACAAUCAUUAACAUGGUACCCGAACCCGGGACCUUCAGACCAGCGCGAACACUCGACCUCUAGACUAUUGAUCCGGGAUUCGUUAAGGGAUGCAAAUGAAAUCACUACCCUCAACUAGUCAUUCACUUAAGAGAAUGAACAAUAAUUGCUGAUGCUGUUAUGUAACAGGAAUAUUAACCCUUGCCUUUCCACACUAGCUAUUUCCUUGAAACACACAGUUCUGUAUUUUUUUUAUUAACACUUAGAAUCUACUAUUCAUUUGAAUUUAUACGUGAUCGAAAUAAAUAUUAACGUUAUUAUUCACUUCAGUAGUAUACUGUCAAUACAUUUUUUCAAAAUUUAAUUACUUAUGAUAUAAUCUAUCUGUUAAUAAACUAACCGGAUAAUGGUAAAAAAUUCUCCUGUGUAACAAUUUUACGAGCGAAGAUGAAUGGUAGGUAGUGUUGGGAUCCAGGACGCGCGCCUCGUCCUGUUUUGGAAUCUUCAAUUGGAUGUGCCUGCAUCUGAUUUAGUGCUCACUCUGGGACUCGAACCCAACGCCAUCUCCCUCAAAUGCCAUCUCGUUAGCUACUCAGCUACCGAGUCCUGAUAGCUUGUGCAAUGAGGUGAAUCUAAUGAUUUUUCAUUUUUGUAGCGCGCAUUUACGUUACUUAAUUCAUUAUCAGUAGUUCGUUUUUUUAUUGAAAAGUAUCCGCAUUACUCUUAUUAGGUUUCGGUUUAGGAGUAAUGAUUCAUGAUGGUUUCAAUUUGUCUUCAGUAUGGGAAGUCCGUGAUUCAGUAUGUCACAGUAAACUUUGGAUACCAAAACAUAUAAUAAGAAUAGUUUGGGUACUUUGGCAAACAUAUUUUGUGUUCAAAUAUCAUAGAGUAAGUUAGUAUUUUUAUAAUUUCAUUGUUAUACAUCACAACCAAAACACAGGUAAAUAAAAAUUUUACCUAGCUGAAUAGUUUUAUGAAUUCAGCUUCACAUUUUGACAGUUCUUCAAAGGAGUUCUAAAAUUUUUUGGCAAACAGCAAGUUUCUAUUUGCCAAACAGGAUUUUCAAUAACGAACAAAAUAGUAUUACUCGAUUCAUAGAAAAAUUAUAACUCAACUACCCAUAGUACAGUACAAAAUCAAAGUACCCACUGAUUAUUUACAAAUCUGAAAUCAUGCGCUUUUUUAUGAAUCAACCAGGCUAUUGAAAUAUAGUCACUAGAAAAGUUUGUACUAUGUAUACUUAAAUAAGAAUUAACUUCAGUACAAAGAAUAAAGCAGAUAUUACAUGACUGUGUAGCGGUAAACAAAUCCCCAAAAUAAAUAGCUCUGUAAGUCUUCGACAUUGGAUGUUGAUCACAUUCGUUUUAAUGAACUUGCCUGACUGAAGGCAGUAGGUCACGCAUCCGAACCAGAUCACGAGUGGGAAUGCCUUGCUUAACAUCCCUUGCAAUCGCUAGCUAGUCUAGAUCAGUCGACUCUAGUGGUUAAGCGCUCGCGCACGAGACUGAUGGGUCUUGGGUUCGAAGCCUGCGAGGCGGGGUCGUAGAUGCGCACUGCUGCAGAGUCCCAUAAUAGGACAAAACGGCCGUCCAGUGCUUCCAGGUUUUCUACGGUGGUUAAGCUUCAAUUGACUUAUGAUUUCUAACUUAAAUUGUAAAACUCCUAUUUAUGUAUAUGAUGACAUAACAAUAUAGAACUAGCUAAAAAUGAUAUUUUGUCUUCUUUUAGCCAUGGUAUUUUAAUUUUUUUCUAGGUUAUAUUACACCGUCAUCGAGUAACAGUUCGUUUGUCUUGUAUACAUUUGGCUACAAUAAAUUUUUGUCAUUGGCUUAAAGUUGUAGUUAGUGAAGUGGCGUUAAGUUUAAAAACACCAGUUCCUCAUUCAUCAACAGUGCAUUCACAUCACAUUUCAAAUCUUGUCAUUGAAAAGCAUAAUAUGACUCAUAUUUCAUUGAAUCCUUACAAUGGAAAUUAUACUCAAAAUAGUCACUAUACCAAAGGCGAUACAUUGGCCGGAACAAUAAAUCAACAUAACAAUAAUAAUAUCUCUAAAUUAUGCCUUGGUUAUUUGGGUGUUACACUUGAUCCAUUUUUAUUUCCAUUAGCUAUUGAAUAUAGUUUAAUAACUGGAUCAUUCUUUUAUAAAAUGUUACAACGUUUAGAUCAAACAUUUCCAAAAUCAUUUAAUCGUACAUCAAAUGAUAGUGAUUGUCUUGCGUUGAAUUCAUCAAGUUUAUUUAGUCCAUCACCAACAUCAAUCUCUAAUAGUAUAAAUAAAAGUGAAUUUGAUAAAUUCUUUGAUGAUGAUAUUUCAGAACAACAACAACAACAAUAUCAUCCAGAAUGUACAAAACACAUGUCAUAUAGACCAGUAAUGGGAUGUAAAGUAUUUCUUCCAUUAUUGAAAAAGAAUAAAUUACCAAUAUUAAAUGAAGAUUACACAGCACCUAUAGUUGAAGACAAUAAAGAAAUAUCUGAUAAUAAUGAUAAUGUACAUGAAAAAUCAAUAAAAUUCAAUACAGAACAUCAAUGUCAUCGUUCUCAUACUGGUUUAUUUUUAGGUAUUAUGUUAUUAAUAGGUAGUAUUGUAUGUAUGGUAUUAUUUAUAAUACGUGGACGUAAUGGUUAUAAACAAUUUGCUGCAUAUAUUUAUCAAAAAUCAAAAUUAACUAUAUCAACAAUUAGUUUAUUAGCAUGUAUUAUAGCAAUUAAACAAACAAAUCAAUUAAAAUUUCAUCGUUUAAAACAUGGUGAAAAUUUUGAAUAUAAUUUAUUAACUAUUGGUUUAAUUGGUUGUAUUAUAUAUCAUAUGUUCUUAUUUAUACCAGCCUUAGAAACAAUCAUUCAUAUUAUGAUAUUUCAUUCAAAUGAUAUUAAAGAUUAUAAUAUUUUAUAUUUAACAAAUGAUCAUAUUAAAUAUACAGCUAUAUUAUAUAUCAUUAAAUGUACAUUAGAAAUAUGUCAAGCAUUAAUACAAUUUUUUUUUAUUGUUGAAACAUCAAGACGUAAAGUAUGUUGUAUAAAUCAAUCAAGAAUAAAACCAGGUCGUUCAAUUAUUGUCUUUUUAUUAAUAUGUAAUUUAGCAUUAUGGUUAAUUAAUACAUUUGAAGUAAGAAGUGCUGAAACACAAUUACCAUUAUAUAGACAAUAUUUUGGUGUACGUACAUGGUCUGUGAUUACAUAUUGUUUUAUACCAUUAAUUAUAUUUUUUCGUUUUCAUUCAACUGUAUGCUUAGCUGAAUUAUGGACAAAAUUAUAUACAUUAAGGUGAAUUGAUUACUUUCUCUCCUUCUCUCUCUCUCUUUCUUUACCUCUAUCUGUAUAUCUCCCUUACACACACACACACACACAGUUCAGUUUGCUUGAUUCAAUCAAAAAAAUGUAAUUGUUUGUGUUCACAUGCAUCUAGAAAUGUAAUUCGGAUACAUUUUAUGAAUUAUAUAUAUAUAAAUGAAAAUAAAACAUCGUUAUUCUUUGUUCA